CAUCCUCUCCCUCCUCCAUUGCUAGGGUUUCUCCAAGCUCUCAUCUCCAAACCCUAACCCUAAAGCUUCCUCAUGAUCCUUCGAUGCCCUUUCAAGCCCCCGCCUCUUCUUCUCCACCGGAACUCCAGCAUCAAUGAUAGUUUUUUCCCUUCAAUUCACAGCAACCGCCUCCGCCUCUGCCAUCGCCGUCGUCGGCUUGAGAUUCGUGCGAAGUCCCCCUUUGAUGAGAUUCUUCUUUCACUGGCUCCGUCCCUACAAUCCCUCCUCGUCCCCGCCGCCGCCGCCCUAGGCGCUGCCUUUCUCAUCUCCUCUGACCGGUCCCGUCGGAGGGCGGACCGGGAUGCGGAGGUGGAUGGAGUUGGUGUGGUGGGGGACUGGAUCCUUUUCACUAGCCCCACACCUUUCAAUCGGUGCGUACUCCUCCGAUGUCCUUCGGUUUCAUUUGAGGAUGGCGGCGAGCUUCUUGACGGUGUGAAUGAUCGGCUGGUUCGAGAGGAGCGGCAUUAUGUGAAUCUAAGCCGAGGAUUGAUCCCAGUGAAGGACAGCAAAGAAAGGGAUUUUGCGGAUGAGGUUUGCUAUCAGAGGGUUUGCGUUGGGACGGAGGAUGGAGGGGUGUUAUCCUUGGAUUGGCCGGAAAAUUUAGACCUUGGAAAGGAGCAUGGGUUGGAUACGACGGUGUUGAUCGUGCCUGGGACAACAGAGGGGAGCAUGGAUACGAAUGUGAGGUUGUUUGUUCAUGAUGCUCUGAAACAUGGGUACUUCCCCAUUGUUAUGAAUCCAAGAGGGUGUGCUGGCUCACCUUUGACAACGGCGAGGUUAUUUACUGCUGCUGAUAGCGAUGAUAUCUGCACAGCUAUACAGUAUGUUAAGAAGGCAAGACCCUGGACAACAUUGAUGGGCAUUGGCUGGGGCUAUGGCGCAAACAUGCUGACCAAACACCUUGCUGAAGUUGGAGAGACAACCCCUCUGACAGCUGCUGUUUGCAUUGACAAUCCUUUUGAUUUAGAGGAAGCUACAAGGUCGUUCCCUCAUCAUGUAGUGAUGGACCAAAAGCUUGCCGUUGGAUUGGCUGAUAUUCUGCGAGCCAAUAAGGAGCUCUUCCAAGGGAAGACCAAACGCUUUGAUGUCACAAAAGCUUUAGCAGCCACAUCUUUACGUGAAUUUGAUACUGCUGUAUCUAUGGUUUCUUAUGGUUUUGAUUUCAUAGAGGAUUUCUAUUCAAAUUCCAGUACAAGAGAGUUGGUUGGCAGUGUGAAGAUCCCUGUUCUCUUUAUACAGAGUGAUGAUGGCACUGUACCACUUUUCUCCAUUCCGCGAACCUUAAUAGCAGAAAAUCCAUUUACAAGUCUGCUUCUCUGUUCAUGCUUGCCUUCAACCAUCACCACAAGUCAGAGAUCAAGCAUCCUUUGGUGCCAACAUCUUGCUAUUGAGUGGCUUACAGGAGUAGAAUUUGCACUUCUAAAGGGCCGUCAUCCUCUGCUGAAAGAUGUGGAUGUCACCAUCAAUCCUUUGAAAGGUGAAGCAUUUGUAAGGGGCAGAACAUCAGAGACUGGCAUUACGACGGAGAAGAAAAUACACCAGGCCUCCAAUCUUCCUCAUUUGUUUGUCAACAAUACUAGGGGCAAUUUCUAUAGACUUGCCCAGUCAAAUUAUGUAAAUGGAUUUCUUGUGAAUCAAAACAACAGUGUACUUAGGGAAAGGGAUGGUGCAAUUUGGAAGGAUGUAAAUGAUGCACUGAAGCAGAAUUCAUCCAUCAAUGCUGAUCAAGAUGGGGGAGGAGGUGAUAGCCUGGAUAUUGAGCAAAGUCAAGUGUUACAAACUGCAGCUGUUGUUAUGAAUAUGCUUGAUGCUACGAUGCCUGAUACUCUGGAUGAUGAACAGAAAAAGAAGGUCUUGACUGCGAUUGGACAAGGAGAGACACUCAUGAAAGCUCUUCAAGGAGCUGUGCCUGAAGAUGUACGUGGGAAGUUGACAUCUGUUGUUAGUGAAAUUUUACAAAAUCAGAGCACCAACUUAAAUAUUGAUGUGCUUAGAAGAAUCGGUUGGGUCCCUAAGUUGGCAUCAAAAGUUAAAUCAAGUGUUGAAGAGAAGUUAACAGAAGUCUCAAGCUCUGAGAGUAGUCAGAGUGAUACUUAUUUUCCAGAGCAUAACAAGGUGGAUGCUGAUGAUGGAGUAGGAUCACAAAAUUUGUCUGAACCAAAACCUGGAGAUAGUAGCACUCAAGCAAGUGACUUGUCUUCCCAGGAUAACAAUGUGCAAGUUUCUGAAUAUACUGGGGUUGACUCUGAAGUUGGAGGUAAAUCAAGCCAAGAUGUCAAAUUUGAUAAAGGCAAUGAGUCACAUGAGGAAAUAAAUGAACAGCCCAAGAUCAGUCAAAAGGACGGAGCAGCUGACAGAAAAUCAGCAGAUAGUCAGAUGAAUGUAAAUGACACAAAUGAUGUCCAAAACAGUGAUUUGAAAGGCGUAGACUCCAUAACCGAACCGAAUAUGGCGACCUCGUCUAAUGAUUCUGAAGGAACAUCCACAUCAGCCUCAUUUACUUCUGAUCAACAGGCCAUAGAUGAAAAGGAAAUUGAAGUUCAGAAAAGCAUAGAGAAAACUAAUCAGAAUAUGACAGAUCAAACUUCCCAGAGUCUCUCACCAAAAGCAGAAGAACCUUUAGCUCAGCCGUCAUCUCCAAAGGAGCCAUCUAUCAAUGUCAGUGAAGCAUUGAAUGCCUUAACUGGAUUUGAUGAUUCCACUCAAAUGGCCGUAAAUAGCGUCUUUGAAGUCUUGGAAGAUAUGAUUGAUCAAUAUGAGAAGGCAAGCAAUCAAGGGAAUGUUGAUGAAAUAGAUGAAAAUGCAAGUCAACAAGCAGCACCAGCAUUGGAGGACUCCCCCUCCACCAGAAGUUAUGGUACUGAAAAAAUAAAUAACAGAAAUAAUGUAAUGAGAGUUGAGGAAAAUGCAGAACAAUCAUAUCAGGGAAUAGACAAUAGUCUCCAUGAGGUUGGUGCUGGUCCUUCUGAUGAAUUUGAGAAAAGAUAUUUUGAGAAUAAGGUCAAAUUUAAUCCUAGUUCAUCUUCAACAGAAAGUGUUACUCAACUGAAAGGAAACAGUGAAAGUGUUAACCAUUUAGAUGAGAAAAAUACAGAUGCAGGGAAAAAUAUAGACAAGAUCAGGCAUGUUCCUAAUUUUCCUAUGAACGUAACUGUGAACCCACCCCAACCCUGGAUGUUACCUUAUGGAAAUUAUCUUUAUUGGGACUAUUCAGUACCUCUACCGGUUGUGCAAUCUUUAGAUUCUGAUUCUGCAACCGACCUAUUUCUAGACACAGAAGCAGGUCAGUGGAAAAUGCUAGAUCAGUCCAAUUCUAUAGGUGGUAAUGGAGAGAAUGAGCACAUCAACCAAAAGGGUCAUUUUGCACAUUAUUCUUACCAAUCAGGUGAUGGGGAUGAAAUUGUAGAACCAUCCUAUGUUAUUGUUGAUACAGAAUAUUCAGGAGUUCAAUCACUAUCAACUGAAGAGCCUGAGAUGACAGAAUAUAGUAGCAAAAUGGAGGAAACAAAAAGAGAUGAGUUAAUAUGUUUAGUUAGAGAGGACCUAUUAGAGGCUCUGAAAGUUGAGGUUGGCCGCCAGUUGGCUAUUCCUGUUUUAGAAGUUAUUGAAAGUGAUCUUGUGGGUGAUUUGGAAACAGUUGCCGAUGCAGUAUCCAAGUCAGUGGUACAUGACAAUGAAUUGAAUUUGAAUUUGCUUUCAAAAAACAAUGGUAUUGCUUCAGAGAAGUUUGGUGUAAUUGAAGGGGAAUGCAUAGUCAGAACCAUAAUUUAUGCAAUUCAGCAUACCAGUCAUUUGCGAAAAGCUCUGCCAGUUGGUGUUAUUGUAGGUACAAGUUUGGCAUCUUUGAGAAAGUAUUUUCAGGUUGCCGUGCUGCACGAUGAGGGCCAUUCUGAACCUUCAUGUGAUAAUGGUGAAUUUGUUAUGGAAAAAACAAAAGUCAAUAGCAGCGGGCAUUUUGUUGGUGCUAAUAACCAACAUGGUGAUUCGGAUAAAUCAUCUGAUAGCCCGAACACUGGACUCAAGAAAUCUAAUUUGGAUGGUAGCAGCGUAAUGGUUGGGGCAGUUACAGCUGCCUUGGGUGCAUCUGCCUUUGUUGCACAACAUCAGAAAAAUAAUAGUUACAAGCAGGAUGGAGCCCUGGAAUUUCCAUCUAGGGUGUCUAAUAACAGGGGGCUUCUUCAAGAGGUGCACAAUAAGCUCGAAGAAGAAGAAGAAGACCCUGGAAAAACCCAGAAUAAUUUGGUGAGCAGCCUUGCUGAGAAAGCCAUGUCUGUUGCCGGCCCUGUAGUACCUACUAACAGUGAUGGAGAAGUGGACCAGGAAAGACUGGUCGCAAUACUGGCAGAAUUGGGACAGAAGGGCGGAAUGCUGAGAUUAGUAGGCAAAAUUGCUCUUCUCUGGGGUGGUAUACGUGGCGCUAUGAGCCUGACAGACAGGCUUAUCUCUUUCUUGCAUAUUGCUGAUCGUCCUCUAGUUCAAAGGGUUUUUGGGUUUGUCUGCAUGGCACUUGUACUUUGGUCUCCGGUGGUGAUACCCCUGCUCCCUACACUUGUCCAAAGUUGGACAACAAAAGCUCCGAAUGUAGUUGCUGAAUAUGCUUGCAUUGUAGGUUUCUAUGUGGCCACCACAAUCCUUGUCAUGUUAUGGGGCAAAAGAAUUCGAGGAUAUGAAAAUCCAGUUGAACAAUAUGGUCUUGAUCUGACAUCACGACCAAGGAUCCAUGAUUUUCUCAAAGGUUUGGUCGGAGGGAUAAUGAUGGUCAUGUCUAUACAUUCAACAAAUGCAUUGCUUGGUUAUGCAAGGCUUUCUUGGCCAUCAGCCCUGCCUUCAUCUUCAGCUGGAGCUGCAUUGCUGCUUACAUCAUAUGGAAAUAUGUUAAUCCUGGUUAUUCGAGGAACUGUGACAGCAUUUGGUAUUGCUUUGGUGGAAGAGUUGUUGUUCAGGUCCUGGCUCCUCGAGGAAGUUACAACUGACCUUGGUUAUCACUGUGCUAUCAUAAUAUCCGGCCUUGCAUUUUCCUUCGUUCAAAGGUCCCUGCAUUCGGUGCCAGGUUUCUUUCUUUUGUCGUUAGCCCUUGUUGGAAUUAAACAAAGAGCCAACGGUAAACUCGCCGCGCUGAUUGGAAUACGUACAGGGGUGAUGGCGACCAAUUUUUUAUUACAGACUGGUGGAUUCUUGAGAUACAGACAUGAUAUACCUUUCUGGCUGAUCAGCAAUCAUCCUUUGCAUCCUUUUAACGGAGUUAUCGGCCUGAGUCUGGCCCUUUCACUAGCCAUUAUAUUUUUCUCAUGGACACCCAACAAUAGUUCUUCAAGCAUUGUUCAAAAAUAGAUCGAAAAGAGUCCAAUUAUACUUUUCUAGUUGCCGAUGAUCACUGCAUGUAGAAGAAGAAUAUCUAAUAGGUGAUUGGCUUGAAACUUAUCCAGGCUUCAGUUCUUUCAAAGCUUGAGAUUUUGCUUAGUCGCUGCAGUGUAUAUAUGAAGAGCUUAAAGCAGCAAGGAUUCAACAGGAAUGGAUUAUUAGAGAGAAAUCUAUGUUUUUGUAUAUUAUAUAGCUUAAAAAAAAAAACAUCCUCUUGAAAGAUGGAACAUUUGUACAUGCAUCCAUCAUCAUGCAACCAAUGGAGGUGUAAAAUUUUGAUAAUACUAGAAGAAACAGAGUUUGUACAUGACACUAGAAAGGUAAAUUUUUGUCCA